AUGGCACACAGCAGCAUCUUCGACUACAGUUCCGAGGGGUCCCCUGGGCCGCAAUCUCACGCGUCAAUAUCAUCGUCGUACGAGUCUAGCGACUGGCAUGAGUACGAACAAAACCAAGCACAAGCAAUCCCCUCUGCGUCGGCAUCAGCGUCGACGUCCAAGUGUAGUUGUGCCCGAAAAGCAUCCAGACUGCUCAAGAAAAUUCCAAAGGAGGGUAUCGUCUCGUUCGACGCCGUCAUGCAGCUUCAUCACUCCGUUGUCGAACAAUGGCGCCAGGCCACACGCUGUCGCCAUUGCAACAAUGACAAUACCAACAAUGCCAACGUCACCUGUGCCUUGACUACAGCCUCCGAGAAGCUCCUAUCUCUCUUCGAGGCCACUACAUACGCCUACACAGACAUCGACUACUUCUCACAGACAUCGCCGGAUCGCCUCGGCAGCGCCCAUCUGUUUUCACUCAAGCUACCCGCUACUACUGUCACCUGUACCCGGACGCAGAUGACCCUCGGAGGCUUUCUUCUACAGGACGAUGAGGCAAAUAUUCUCGCCUCUCAAAUUAUUUACAAGAGUCUAGUGACCCACCACAGUCUGCUCCAGGACUUCCAAUCUACCCAGGCUCUCAGCGACAGCGACCAGUCCUUCAUCAACGAUGGGGGAGGCCUUCAGCGUAUCAUUGACAGGCUUUUGAGACUUUUGGGUCGCUUGCAAUGGGAACAGGACACCAUAGAACGCUGA